AGGUGGCGUGGAACUUUCCCUUGAGUUGGGGUUAGAGUUUUCUUUGGGGAUUGGAGUUGUAGCAUUGAUGGGAUAUCGGAUCCUAUUUACGCGUGAAUGGGUAGUGUUGCUUUUCAUGCUGUGUGGCAGUUUCUUAGUGAGGAGUGCUGUGUUUGGAAACGUGGCUGGAAUGCGACUGAUGAGAACUAUAGGCUGCAGCUAGAGGAGAUUCCAGUGGAUGGCGAGGGUAGAGGAGUGGUUGGCUUUUGGGAUAUGGUUGGUACAAUGCUAACAAGGAGAAGGUCCUAUGUGCUGGUGAUGGAGAAGACUCUUGCUUCGGUUUGGAGGCCUAUUCGAGGGAUGCAUGUGCAGGAUGGGCCUUGGCAUUUUGAUAAGAAUAUGGUGGUUACUUGGGAGGUAAUGGGGGAUGAGGUUCCGAGAAGGGAUAUGUUGGGAAGGAUUCCUUUUUGGAUCAUCUAUGGUGGUUCCUCUUGUCACCUCUCCGCUGCUACAGCUCGUAUGAUUCGGUAUCUAUAGGGAACCUGGUGGCAAUGGAUUCGGGGGAAGGACAUAUGUGGGUUUCCAAUUUUUUGAGGGUUCGGAUGGAAGUCGAUGUUGGUCGCCCUUUGUUGUGCAGGAAAAAGCUUCCGUUGGAAGGAGGAUCUUCUGUCUGGGUACGGUUUCAACAUUAGUAGCUUUAUAACUUCUGUUAUAUAUGUGGUUUGUUAGAUCAUUUGGAAGUAAAUUGUGAGAAGAGGACCAUGGUGGAGAAUGGUGGUGGAUCUGAGCGGCAGUUGUGGGGAAUGGCUUCAUUUUAAUCCACGAGAAAGUAGGUUUGGAGUGACAGCGAAUGAUGGUGGGUGGUUGUGCGAUGCCUUGGGCGGUUAUGGUUGAAAUAAGAUGGGUUAACGUUGGAGAGGAAGGGAGCAUCGCCUUUAUUUUGCACAGAAUUAUUGUUGGAAGGGGAUGUGUAGGGAGACCGGGGUCCAAAAGGAGGCAUUAGCGUUGCUGGAGUCAGAUGGCGUGUCGACGAGUGCUGAGAAUAGUUCAAGUGAGGAUAGAAGGUGUAGAAUUCUGCAGAGUUUGGAGAAUGUCGAUUUGCAAUGGGCAAAGUAGGAGAGUGCAUGCAGUAGCAAAUCUCCCACUAAACCAUGGAAACAUUUGGCUAGAGAGCAAGGGGAGCUAGUAAAUACAAGUGCAAGAUGCAAUCUAGCGGGUAAGAGGCAAGGUUUGAUCACUGAGAAUGAACCGUUAGACAACAAGAGUUAAAAUGGAGGAGGGAUGGGCAAGUUGGUAAUUGAGGAGGUGGAAAAUUUUCCACCUCCCAGUUUCUAGUUUUUCUUUUCCUGAGUGAUUGUACAAUGGUUUUGAGGUUUCCUCAUACUAUUUAUUUACUUGCUUAGACCGACAAUAGAAUAAAAGAUAUUGGCAAAA